AUGGAUGGCAACAUCUUUGACACCAACUCGACGACCUCCCCAGCUCGCGAGCCUACAUCGGAGCCUCUGCAGAACCACGUCCGCUGUAGACGGCCGCGCGCCGCAUCAUGGAUCCCCUUUCGGGAGCGGCAAGUGUGAUAGCUGUUAUCGACAUCUCCGCCAAGGUUGCAUCGCUCUGUUUCCAGUACUCAGUCGAGGUUAAGCACGCAAAGGGGGACAUCGAGCGCCUCCACCAAAAGGUGAACGAUAUCUAUAAUGUCCUCGAAAAGCUUCGACAGCUUCUAGGCAAGCAGCACAAGUCCCAACUCUCUACCAUACGCUCAUUGCUGGACCCGCUCCAAAGAUGUUCUCAAGAGCUAGAACGGCUUAAGGCUACCCUCCAGGCCAAACUCAAGCCCAGUCAAAGCCGUAAAGCGAUGCAGCGAUUCGGGAUCCGAGCCUUGAAAUGGCCAUUGACGAGCAAGGAGGUGGAGAACACGGUUCGAAAUCUUGAGACAUACGGGAAUACUUUCAGCCUUGCGCUUCAAGUUGAUCAGACAGUCCUUGUGGUUGAUAUAAAUCAGAAGCUAGACUUGACCAAACUGCCUAUCGCAACAGGCGCUUCGUUCAAUGCGCACACCGAAGAGCACAACGCACGAUGCCUGCCGAAUACCCGCACCGUGCUGCUGCACACCAUUGCAGAAUGGGCGAAAAGCAAAGAUAGCAAACCUGUAUUCUGGCUGAGCGGUAUGGCUGGCACAGGAAAGUCAACGAUCGCGCGGACUGCUGCCCGAUCGUUUGCCGAAGCUGGUCAGCUGGGAGCGAGCUUCUUCUUCAAAAGAGGCGAGGGCGAACGCGGCAAUGCCUCACGGUUCUUCAGCACUAUCGCCGCUGACCUGAUUGCUCGCGAACCGGACAUGCUACCUAGUAUCAGGAAAACACUCGAUGAAGACUCGGCUUUACCACAAAGGGUACUGAAGGACCAGUUUGAAAAGCUUAUACUACAUCCACUCUUGGAGGUGCAAAAAACAAGCCCAGCUGCACGUACAUUCGUAGUCGUCAUUGAUGCAUUGGAUGAAUGCGAGAGGGAAGAAGACGUUCGAGUCUUACUCCAGCUUCUCACUCGGACCAAGGACAUGCGGCCAGUAUCAUUGCGAGUCUUAGUAACAAGUAGACCAGAGCUCCACAUUCGUCUUGGCUUCAGGCAGAUGCCAAACGGAACCUACCAAGACCUUGUCCUUCACGAAGUCGCAAAGAACACCAUUGAACAUGACAUACGUCUCUUCUACGAGCACGAGCUUAGCGCGAUACGCCAAGCACGCAUGCUAUCUCCGGAUUGGCCAACCGAGGACCAGAUCCGGGCCCUGGUCGAUCUAGCUGUGCCAUUAUUCAUCUUUGCUGCUACCGUGUGCCGAUAUAUUGGCACGAAGGGAGGCCACCCUGAAGGCUAUCUAGACAAGGUACUACAGUAUCAGAAGUCGACCUUCUCACAGCUUGAUCGAACCUACCUUCCUGUUCUAGAGCAGCUACUUGUUGAGCAGGAAGAGGAUGAGAGGGAAGCGUGGCUGCACGCAUUUCGAAAAGUCGUCGGCAGUAUUGUGGUUCUGGAGAGCCCGCUCUCUACCCGGUCCCUUGCACACCUUCUGCAAGUCCCACAAAAAGAGGUAGAGUGCCGGCUAGACGCUUUGCACUCUGUCCUUAGCGUUCCUGAAGAUGAAGACGUUCCUAUCAGGUUGCUCCACUUGUCGUUCCGUGACUUCCUAGUCGAUCGCCAAAGACAGGGAAAGAGCCAGUUCUGGGUGGAUGAGAAAGACAGGCACAAGCAGCUCGCGUCUCACUGUGUUGUGCUGAUGUCAAGUCAAAGCGGCCUACGGCGGAAUAUAUGCAACCUGUCAGGACCGGGGGGUCUAAGGAGUGAAGUCGAUAUGGGUACAAUUACCAGCAAUCUACCGCCUGAGUUGCAGUAUGCGUGUCGUUACUGGGUCAGUCAUUUUGAGCAGAGUCAGCAAAGUAUUGCCGAUGGAGACGCAACGCACUUUUUUCUCCAGACGCAUCUUCUACAUUGGCUCGAGGCUAUGAGCCUUAUAAGAGAGCUAAGUAGAUGCAUUCACUUACUUGACAAGCUUCAGGCUUUUGUAGCUGCUUCUGCAAAGACCGUUUUGAGUUUUCUUCUAGACGCCAAGCGAUUCGUACUGCGGUUCCAGUCUAUAGUAGCAGAUGCUCCGUUGCAGGUAUAUUACUCUGCGCUUCAGUUCGCGCCAGAAACAAGUUUAGUACGGCAAAUUUUUGAGACUCCACAGGAAGUCGAUUUGGUGUCAAAGAGGGACACCGAUUGGGAUGCGUGCCGCAGCACGCUCGAAGGCCACUCAGGCUAUGUUAACGCGAUCGCCUUCUCGCCAGACGGCCAGCUGGUCGCGUCGGCCUCUGACGACAGCACGGUACGGCUAUGGGAGACGGCGACGGGGAUGUGUCGCAGCACGCUCGAAGGCCACUCAGACUAUAUUAAAGCGAUCGCCUUCUCGCCAGACGGCCAGCUGGUCGCGUCGGCCUCUGACGACAGAACGGUACGGCUAUGGGAGACGGCGACGGGGACGUGUCGCAGCACGUUCGAAGGCCACUCGGGCUAUAUUAACGCACUCGCCUUCUCGACAGACGGCCAGUAUCUUCAGACAGACCAAGGAGAUAUCCCUCUCUACUCUUCUCCUACACCAUCACCCUCGUUUCAAAGAACCCAGCCCUCUCGCAUCUUCAUACAAGACCAGUGGAUGUGUCUUGAUCAGCAGCGGCUGCUAUGGCUUCCUUCUGAACACCGACCGACUUGCUCUGCAGUUCAUGAAGCGCUAGCCUGCUUAGGGCAUACAUCAGGUCGCGUUAUGUUUAUGAGGUUUUGUACAUCGUAGGCUUCUUUUACACUUCUUUUUUUUAUUAACUAUAUAUUUCUCUUAUAAUCUUUGUUCCAGAGAGGGCCGGGGAACAGUGAGUAUUUCUUUUACUAGAUGUACGUUCCCUCUAGAAUGUUCUGGUCAUUGCUGGCCUGGAUUUGCGUAGUAGUAUAUAAGGAGAUGCUCCUCCAUGCGUAGUCUAAGUUAUUGCUGAUUACUACACAGCCACAGCCUCGGCGGGCUAGAUAGAUUAGUUACACUCUCUUGAUUACGUACAUCAACGAUACUAGUUAUAAAGCGCUAAUCGGAAUUGAAAACUACACAUGCCGGAAGUACCGACAGGGGGUGGUAACACUAUGUUAGUUUGCGCGUAGACAUCGAUGCACGACUACUAACAAUCCGUAUGCAAC